AUGGCGGACAACAAACAACAGAGUUUUUCUCCCGGUGACCGGCGACAACCAAGUCGGUUACAACGGCGAGCGCCGGCUUCUAUACAAGUAAAUCGCGCAACCGAUUGGAAUGUGGCGAUACCGCUUCUAUCGCCGCUGAUAACUUCUCCGACUUCUCCCGAAUCGGACAACUUAAAGGCGGCGAUAAACUCGUUUUCCAGCUCAGCUCAUAAGGAAGACUUGAGGAAAGAGCAUUUGGAGAAGCCGAUGAUGGUGUUUAAGAAAUGGCAGCAUCCGGCGGCCCCGUUUUGCUACGAGCCGGCCCCGUUGGUGCCUUUUGUAUGUACAGGAAGCACCGAUAGACGAUGA